AUGGAAAUAACCUCGGUAAUCAUGGUACUGUAUGUCAAGAAAUUAGUGAUUAACUGUCCCUGCACGCCUCUGGAGGUUUGUGAAAGUCUCUCGGGCCCUUGUGACAUUCACAAACUCUUGUGGCUUGGAAAUUUAAUCACUAAUUCCCACACAUGUUGUGGUGUUAAUUAGAAAUAUUUCCCAUUUCCAAGAAAUGUGACGUUUAUAGAACUGAGCAGACCUUAUUUGUGUUAUCAAUGGUUUAUGCUUUUAAUAAUUAAUGUAUUAAUUAAUAAAAGCCUAAAAAUCACAUAACCCUCCGGACUGCAGAACAAAACUGUCCAACACUAGGCAUGAUGAAACGCAUGUCUACAUAGAACUGAUUAGUUUUGUUGCACUUCAGGCAAAUCAGUCGGGGUCAAGCAAUGCAAUGGAGUUGGAUGGAGCCAAGCAAUGCUUCAAAUUUAUCACUGAAAAAGGUUUGAAAGUGUCAUCCUUUAUCAGUGAUCGCCACUUAGGUGUUGCUAAAUGGAUUCGUGAAACCCAUCCUGAUGUACAGCAUUAUAAUGACCUUUGGCAUGUAAAUAAGAGUUUGAAGAAGUUGUUUGAUGCUAGCAAGGAAAAAGGAAACGAGGCGAUACAACUUUGGAUGAAAGCUAUCAGUGUCAUUUAUACUGGUGUGCCUGUUCUACAAGACAGGGUUUUGGUGAAAUGAUUGUUGCCAAAUGGGUGUCAUUGAUUCGGCACAUUUCAAACAAACAUAAAGAUCACCCUGAUGAGCUUGAUACUGAAUGUGCACAUGGUGAGGUUGAGCCACGAGCAUGGAUCCCAGUGGGUAAGUUUACGAAAUAAAAAUCUAACUUGACUCACAAGGGUAAGUACUUAGUCUUGCAAUGUCACAAGAUGUCCUUAUGACAGUAUGACUAGGCCUACAGUACCUCGCCUGUGUAUAUUAGUUCCAAAUGCCUAUCCUGGUGAUAACAAUAUGUACAGUAGAACAAUAUAUUAAUGUACAAUAACAACCCAAAUGGUCACAGAUGUACAUGCAUAUAUGAGUUUUACUACCGGUAUUUUACUCUCCCCAACAUUUGUAUUUAUUAAAGCUGUAAGGUGAAACCACUUGAGCAUUAUAGUUCAAUUUCUAUUAUUGUUGACAGGUACAUCAACUCAUGACAGAUUGUCCAUGAUUUUGUUGGACACAAAGAGAUUGGCUGAUAUCAAGAUACUUUCUUGUGAUGGUCAAACCAGUUGCCUUGAAGGAUUUCACUCAACCCUCAACCACUGGCACCCUAAGAUGCAACAUUUUUCUUGGCUAGGCACAUACUGCAGGUAUAGUUACACAAAUAGAAUAGAUAUUUAUGGCACUACAGGUUUAUCGUCCAUGGCUUUCAUGGUCAAUUGAAACAGACGUACAGUACAAACCUACAGUAUAAAAUUACAUGAAGUGUGUAAGGUUGGUUUAGUUUAUGUAAGUUUAGAUCAAUUGAGGUAUACCACACUGCAUAUACAUCAUGUGCAAGGAGUUUCUUCAAGUAACUGUGACUAUACUCACUACUGUACAUACUACAUAGCCUUCUGAUGAAGGACCUUUGCUUAAAAUGUUAAAGUUCUUUCUCAUCAUACAGGAAGUUCAUCCAAUAAUCUCAUCACAGUUAUCAUUUUUUAAACACUUUUUAGACAUAUUUUGGCAAUUCUUCAUUUUAAUGAGAACUUGAAUCGAGAAAAGAGAAAGACUGCAGGUGGUGCAUCAUAUUAUAAUGUUGUGUUCCCAAAGUUUAAGCUUGGUGAGGAGGUUGUCCGGGAAGUUGCCAUCCAUCCUACAUAUAGUAAGUAGUGAUAAUACAAUAUGUUAUUUAGAUACAAUUAUUCCAUAAAAUAGUAGUUCAAUAUUAAAUUUAUGCAACUGCUUGUUACCCCAUGAAUAUGCAAAAAUCUCUCCUAGAAACUACUUAACAGUACUUAGUACUUUCUCUAUUGGCAUGCAAAAGAAGCGAAGAAGCAUGGAGACACUAUUACACCCUCCAUGUAAGAAAAUUAUACAAAGUAAUUUAUAUAACUAUAGAAUAUUACCCGCCUGGUGUCUCACACUUUGAAUGUUUAAUACUUUAAUUCCAAUGUAAAGUUUAUUUGUAUUCUAUGUUUAAGUGCCAGAGCAACAAGAACAACCAGAAAAGAUUAAACAAGCAGCAGCCGAAGCAGCAGCAGCAGAAGCUGCAGCCAAACAGAAAAAGAAAACUCCACACUGUCAAAAGUGCAAAAAAACAAUGAAGGGGCAUCCAUGUGGUCAUUGCAAGUAA